CAUAGUUUGAAAAGAAUCAAUUUAACAAAGGAUAUUAAAAUGUUAACUGGUAGUCCUAUCAUUUUUCGGUUAGUUUAUUAUUCUAAAAUUGGGGAUUUUAAUUAUGUUUCUUUAAAUAUAAUAAAUGAAUUUUUAGAAUUUGAAUAUCUUUUAGAAUUUUUUUUAAUAGUAAUAGCAAUUAUGGGAGGAAGAAUAUUAAAUUGAUUAAUAUUUUUAAAUUUUGAAAUAAUUUGUUUACCUUUUUAUAUAAAAUUAUUAACUUUAUUUGUUUGUAUUUUAGGUGGAUUAAUAGGUUAUUUAAUUAGAAAUGUAAAUUUAUUUUUUUUUAAUAAGUCAUUUUAUUAUUAUAAUUUAAGAUUUUUAUUUGGGGGAAUAUGAUUUAUACCUUUAAUUUCAACAA